AUGUUUAUGCCCGGCGCCCCCGAAAUCACCCCUGAGCAGCAGGCUCUCAUGCGCCGCGAGGCUAACAAGGGCAUCAUGUCGUUCGUCGGCCUCGUCGCUGUUCUGCGGUUGGUUCCCUGGGCCAUGGAGCACCUCGAGAAGACCUUUGCCUAA